AUGUUAGUUACUUUUAAUUUAUUAUAAAUAUUUAAAUAAAUAAUUAUUUUUUUCAUAAAAAAAAAAAGUAAAGAGUAUCAAGUUAAUUACCAACUUUAUAAUAAAUAAUUAAGAAAAAAACUGAUAAAAAAAAUAUAUUUAAAUAAUUUAAUAAAAAUAAUCAUAUAAUAAAUAAUUUAUAAAACUAAAAUAUAAAAAAAGAUUUUUAAAUACCUAUCUUAGGUAAGAGAUACUGCAAUUAUUGUUUUUAAAAUAUGCCAGUAAGAACAAAACACUGUAAAGAUUGUAAUAAAUGUGUAGCUUUAUACGAUCAUCAUUGUCCUUGGGUUGGAAAUUGUAUAGGAGAAAAAAACAAAUGCAUUUUUUAUUGGUUUUUAAUAUUUUAAUAAUAGGAAAUAAUUUUUGGUUUACUAUCUUCUUUUUCAAUAUAUUUUUCUUAGUUUGCAUUUAUAUUUUGCUUUUUAUACUUUUUAUAUUUCAUACAUAUAUUGCUUUUUAAAAUUUAACGACAUGUAAAAUAUUUAUUAAAUUAGUAUAAAAUAUAAUAAAAAAAUAAGGGGAAUACGCAAGCUGGGUAAAUAUAAGUUAUUUACAAUAGAUUCCAAGAGAAUUCGGUUCUCCUUUUUCCAAAGGAAUUUUAAAUAAUUUAAUUUUUUUUUGUAAAUGCAGAUUAUUUUUAAAAAAUUAGUAAACUGA